GUACUUACUUGAUAGUACUUGGCAUGCUUGGUACUUGGUACUGGGUUAGUUUCCUCCUGAAACAUCCUCUAGGGAUCUUGACUAGGAGGUCACGGGGAGGUGUCGGCAUCUAGGUCUCGGUCACGAUGUGGUUUACCCCUAGAACUAUCAUUACUCGUAAUACCCAUAGUUCUAGGGGUAGAUGUGGUUAAAAUAGUUUUCCCUAAGGUCUUGUGCGUCAAAGAGUCAGUGAUGUUUUGUGGCAGGUCAUUCCAUAAUUUAAGUGUCCUUGAAAAAAAUGAGUUCUUGGAUGCAGUUGAGGGUGUUUGUACUAUGUUGAAUUGGUUGUUGUUCCCCCUCCUGGAUCUCUGCAUUUUCGGUUGAAGAUAGACUGAAUUGAAGCAUUGAUGUCAACGGUGUGAGUGAUCUUGUAGAGUUGAGUCAUCUGAUGUGACAGAAUGCAGUUUAGAAGCAGAACCGUGCUCACGCUGCUCUCUGCAGUGAGUCUCAUCAAGGUAGUCUCGGCACAAGAACCCAACAACCCAGUGCCCACCAUGCCUGGGGGGUUUCCCAAUCUCCCCUCCUUCCCACCCGACUUUGCGGACAUCUACCCGGACAUUGUCAUCAACGAGUUCAGUGUGGACGUAGACUCGGGACAGUUUAUCGAGCUGUACGACGGCGGUGUUGGUGGGAUGACUCUGGACGGAUUGGUCGUAGUGACCUACCGAGGAAAGCGUGAAAGAUCGUACGGUCGCCGCAUCUCCCUGGACGGUCACGUGACUGACGAAAAUGGAUACUUCCUCAUUGGCCAGGCCAAUCAACAACCUCAUAUUGAGCUCACCCGGGAACUGCGGAGAGACCGGCCCCCGAAUGCUAUUGCUUUAUACUUUGAUGACCCUGACAAUUUUGGGUCCGGCACCCCUGUCACGGGUACGAAUCUAGUGGAAGCAGUUGUCUACGGUGAUACCUCCGGUUCAGUGGACAAUGCCCUUGUAACUGUUCUGUCUCCCGGUCGUUUGCCUCUGGUCCAGCCAACUAACCAAGCCAAUGUGUCGUUGAGCCGAUGUAGAUCAUGGGAGCGUCUCCGUUUGGAAGCUUUCACCAGCGGCACUCAGACCCCCGGUGGGGAUAACCUGUGCGUCCUGCCCGACUUCUACAUCAAUGAAAUCAACGUGGCAACUGACGACGAACAAACCAAUCAGUUUGUCGAAAUCUUCGAUGGCGGGCUUGGCCAACAGCAGCUCGAUGGCGUAGUCCUAGUCCUGUAUAAAGGAAGGAACUCACUGUCCUAUCAGGCCAUUGAUUUGACGGGCUACAGCACUGAUGCACAUGGAUUCUGCGUUGUUGGAUGGGUCAACAACACAAAUGUCAACCUGGGUCUGGAGUUUGACCCAACUGUUGGUUUCAUAAAAUCAGGAUCCAACGCCGUCGCUCUUCACCUGAGUCCUCAUCAGCGUUUCAGGGCAGGAAGCCUUGCCUCUGAUUACAAUCUCAUUGAUGCCGUCGUGUAUGGCCAGGACCCAGCAUUGGAACUUCUGCACACGCUUCUGCCGCAUCAGCGCGUCCUGAACGAAGUAGGCGGAAGCACCUCCUCAGGCGACAGAUCCAUAAGCCGCUGUUCCUGCUGUCAGCGUCUGAACUCUGAAUCCUUUGGUGUCGGCCCGGCCACUCCGGGAGCAAUCAACAUGGAUUGCCAACAGAACAACCUGACUCACGUUGAGACUCUUGAUCACUACAUCAAUCUGGUUCGCCUGAAUGAGAUACGGAUUGCUCAGCUCGGACUGCCUCGGGGAGAUUUUGUGGAACUCUACGAUGGUGGCUUCACAGGUACAGGAGUAUCCCUGGAUAACAUGGUGCUUGUCCUGUACAACAGCGAAGGAGAAAGCUCCUAUAAAGCUGUUGAUCUGCAGGGUUACCGUACCGACACCAACGGCUUCUUUGUGAUUGGUCCCGCAUCCGUCCAGUCAUCAGGGUUAUUGAUGGACGAGAGCCAUUGGUUUGAUGGGAAAGUCGGCGCUGUAGCCAUAUACAAGGGUUCAUCAGCAGAUUUUCCCGAUGGAACGCGGGCCACCUCAACGAAUCUAGUGGAUGCCGUGGUCUAUGGUGACAAUAACCUGUUACUCCUUGAUCUGCUCACCCCGGGACAGAAUGAAGUCAAAUACGCUGUCGAUACAGGAGCAACAUCCAUCCUUCGCUGCUACUGUAGAGAAGCGUUUGAGGUCCUUGCCUAUGCUGUGGGCCCACCCUCUCCUGGAGUUGCCAAUGUUUGUCCCCCGCCUCCACUCGUCAUCAAUGAGGUCAACAUCCUAGACGUGUUUGAAGACGUGGGUCAGUAUGUGGAAUUGUCCAGUGACGGCCUCCCUGGGUUUCCUCUUAAUGAUUUGAUCAUGUUUUUCUGGAAGGCGAAGCCUGGCAAGAAUCCCAAAGCAUACCGUAUCAUCAGCAUCAACGGCAAACACACCGACGAAAAUGGCCUGUUUCUCAUUGGCUAUCGCGGCCUGACCUCUCCGCGGCCGGACAUGACCCCCUUCAGUGCCCCCAUUGGGGUGAUCAAGGAAACCAGCUGUAGCAUCUCCCUCCACUGGGGUCUCCGAAGCGAGGACCUCCCAAAGCCCAUGCCCCUAACUGCUGAGGGGCUCGUGGACGUCAUCAUCCAUGGCACGGAGGAAGAAGCAGACAACCAGCAGCUGAUCGAGUUCUUCCGGCCUUAUGCCCCCCGGGAUCAGAUCAAUGAGAUCGAGGACUGGAGCCAGCGGGAUGAGUCCAUCAAUCGUUGCACAGACAGCGAGAACAACACCGUCUACCAGAUGGCUCACAUCAGCCCCAAGGGGCACAACCACUGUCCAAGCCGAGGCGACGCUGGCCUCAUCAUCAAUGAGGUGAAUUUGAUCCCCUCGGAGCAGUUUGUUGAGCUGUGGGAUCUGGGAGCUGGCUUCACAUCCCUUGAUGAAUUUGUGGUUGUGUUGUACGGAGAAGGUGAUAGGUCAUACUGGACCAUUCCACUGACUGGUUUCACUACAGACAGCAUGGGAUACUUCAUCAUGGGGGUUGUCAAUGUGCAGCCCACGGCUCAGUUCCAAUUUGCCGACGGUUUCAUGCGACACACGUACGGAGCUGUGGCAUUGUACAGAGCUUCUGCGUCAACCUCGUUCCCGGAGAGUGGUCCACCUUCAUCCCAGGGCCUCAUCGACGCCGUCGUGUACACCGACCUGGACAGUAAGCCCAUCGGGCUGACCAAUGUGCUUACACCAGACACAGCCUCUGCUAUUGAUUCCAGAUCCGUGCAGCUGUCAGGUUUUUCACUGAGCCGCUGCCUAUCGCCUGCUCUGCGCUCGAAAGCCCCCUACGCCGUCCGACCCCAAACCCCUCGGAGCUUCAAUGACUGCCCUGUGUUCUCCAACGACAUUAUCAUCAACGAGGUUAACGUGGAGCACCCGGGCCAGUCUACCCAGGAGGAGUUCAUCGAACUGUACGACGGCGGAGUGGGAAACGUCAAGAUGCGCUACCUGAGCCUGGUCCUGUUCAACAGUCACAGCGCCGACCAGUCCUACGUGACUGUGGAUCUGCAUGGCAAGCGCACUGACGCGAACGGCUAUUUUGUGAUUGGUGCGCAGGAUACCGCAGGAGUCGACCUCAAACUCAAGCCAAGAGUUACCGGCGGAUUCUUGCAAGAGGGCCCCAACGCCAUCGCCUUGUACCGCGCUCCAAGCGGCUCCUUCCCACACUACACUGAGGCCACCUCAAGGAGUCUGGUGGACGCUGUGGUCUACUCCACGGAGGACAACGCUCACAACUCUCUGGUAGACAAGUUGAUGCCUGGCCGAUCUGUUGUCGUGGAGGAUUCCAACCAUGCUACUGGAGACGAGACCAUCAAUCGUUGCCUUGGUAACCAACGACUCAACUCUGACGUGUUCACCAUGGGCUUGCCUUCCCCCGGUGGACCCAACAACUGUAGCGGCAGCUCUUCAGGGUCAGCCUACCCAGAUAUUUUAAUCAACGAGGUCAAUGUCGAGGUCACUGGUGGAGCUGGAAGUGGAGGUGAAUUCAUCGAACUGACUGAUAAAGGUGUUGGCAUGACUUUGCUGGAUGGCUUCCUCCUGGUGCUAUUCAAUGGAGCCAAUCAGGAUAGGUCCUACUGGGAGAUUGACCUCAGUGGAUACCGGACCAACCUUAACGGCUUCUUUGUCAUUGGAGCAUCUGGCAUCACACCACCUCCCGACAUCGUGGUCCCUGAUAACUUCCUGCAGAACGGACCCGACGCCGCGGUUCUCUACCACGCCAAGGCACGGCUCUUCCCGCGUGGCACCAUCGCGACAUCCCUGAACAUGCUGGAUGCGAUUGUUUACAACACCGAUACCUCCGCCGCUGCUGCUGCUACCGCUGACAACGGCCUAUUGGGCAAGCUGGCACCAGGCCAGAGGUCGGCCGUCGAGUACGCGGCGUUCUCAGACCGGGACGCGUCUCUCUCACGUUGUCUGAGCAACAACUCCCGCACGCUGGCCUCCUUCACUGUGUCACAACCAACUCCAGGUCAGCCCAACAUUUGCACUGGCACCCCAAUUGUCAUCAACGAGAUCAAACUGGACGGCAACUCAGUUGGGUUUAUUGAGCUUUACGACGGUGGGCGUGGCUCCACCUCCCUCGAUGCAUAUUCAGUGAAACUCUAUGAUUCUGGUGCAAGAGUGUAUUCCAUCCAGUCUCUGAGAGGCAAAUCAACAAAUGGAAAUGGGUACUUCGUGUAUGGCAAGCCCAGCGGGGAGUGGACUGUUGAUUUUCCAAUCAGCGGCAGUGAUUUUCUGCGUAGUGAUGGUUCUGGUGCCGUAGCUCUCUACAAAGAAGACAGUGAUCAGAGCACCAACCUAGUCCUAACUGACGCUGUGGUGUAUGGGUCUGGGAACCAGCCCAGCACGGCCGUCGUGGAUCUCCUAACCCCAGGACAGAAUCUGGUCCGAGUCGGUCCCGACUUCGGCCGGGGGGAGAGUAGUAUCACUCGCUGCGUCUGCUGUGUGCCGCUGGCCAGCGUUGCUUUUACCGUGUCUGCGCCAACGCCGGGACAGGAGAACCGCUGCGUGGCGAGUACCAUGCCGACCAUGCCGGCCAACGUCAUCAUCAGCGAGGUGGGGCUGCAGGCAAGAGGGGCAGGGUUGGGGGAGUACGUGGAGCUGAGAGGACCGCCCGGUGCCAGCUUGGACACUUUCACGCUCGUUCUGGCCGAGUCAUCCAAACAAGGCCCAGUGUAUUAUUACUCGCUCUCGCUCGAGAGACGAGUCAUCCCGUCAGACGGUGUAUUCGUCAUCGGCGCCGUUGACCUCACCCCGCCGGUGGAUGCCCUCUUCCCACAAUCCUCAGGAGCUCCUUUCAUCCGGCCAGGCAAGGGGGCUGUUUGUAUCUAUCGCAGCUCUGAUAGUCAGUUCAUAGAGGGCGCCGCAGUGACGAGCACUGGCCUGAUGGAUGCAGUUGUGUUUACUAACAUCAGCAGUGAGUCUUCAUCGGAGCUGAGUGCCAUUCUGGGCUUUGACAGUAUCUUCACUGGAAACUUCAGCGCCGUCGCCGACAUUUCCACACCCUCCAUAUCGCGCUGUGCCUGCUGCAACACUCAAGACCCGUCUUCCUUCACGCUGUCUGCCCGCACUCCCGGCGAAACCAACCGAUGCCCGAGGGGUACCUUCAAACAGACCAUACAGAUGCACAUACUGGAUGCGGCUUACCAAGUGUGGGUUACCGACCCGCGGUUUACCGGGGACUUGAGGAGGCAGAUCGCUGCUGGCAUCAAUGCGGAGUGCAAGUGUGGAUUCAAUGAGAACUACCUGAAAGGAGAAAAACUUCUCAAUGGUAGUGUGUACUAUCAGGCAGACAUGUUGGCACUGAGCGAAGCCCAUUCCAAGCUCCUGCGUGACAGCUAUGUGCGUUUCGUCAGCAAGACAGAAAAGAUGACAAUACUGGGCGUCGAUUUCCACAUCGACAACAAGUGCUUCUCUGAUUGCUUGUCUGGCGGCAAGCCCUCCACACCAGAGAAGCGGCAAGGAGGAGGAGGUGUCAAUCCUGCCAUUCCUGUAGCUGUGGUGGUCUUCGUCAUUGUCAUUGUAGCAGUCACACUUUAUGUCUUCCUUCGACGUCGGAGAGGAGUCCUAUUCAUCACGAAAACUAAAGGCGGCGAGAGCGGGAUGGCUACCGAGGGUGAAUUCCGUGUGACCAACACCCGCACUUUGAGUGACCUGGACGUCCUGGGCACGUCGAGCGAGAAUCACAAUGCCACCGAUUUCUUCUCCAACCCCGUGUACAUGUAUGAGGCUCCCAGGGAGCCUGUGCCACAGCCUGGCCCACCGGUGAAGUCGGAGCCGAAAGGAAAUUCUGAUGGGAAGGCCAUGGAAAAAAGGUCGGAACAGGCUAAGGAAGAGAAUGCAACAAGUAACGGCGUGUAGUCACUAAAUGAAAAGAGUCCAAUACAUUUUGCAGUACUGAGCUGAAAUUUCAUGGAAGUCUUUUGAGAUAUGGCUGACACCAAACAUUGACGCUAUUAGCUUUGGGUAAAUUUUGGUAAAUAAGAAGUUUACAGAAACCAAAUAGAGUCAUUCUUUAAAAGUUUGGAUGCUCAAUAACCCAACUUCAAAUUUUAGUGACCUUCUAUGCCUUGUACUUUGUAGCUGAACCAAUAUAUGCAAACCAGUGGAGUAAAUCCAUGUUGGCGAGUGGGGGGAUGGGGGUUGACCAAAAAUCCGAAAACGACCCGGCAAGGGAAAUUCAAAGAGCGGGAUUGGGGGCAGAUUGCACCAGAUGACAACAGGGGGCGCUGUUCAUAAUACAAAUGUACAUCUAAUGCAAAGUUGUGUUUUUACGUCCCGAAACUUUACAUCAAAACAGUGCAUUUAAAGCUUUGAUUCUGUUUGUUCUCCCUUUUUCAGAACUAUUUAAUACAUUUGGACUGUUAAGAAAGUUACAAGAUCGGCAUUUGUUUAGAUGCUCACCACAAAAAUCUGAGGGGGGAGGGGCAGGGGGGUGAUCCAAUGGCCCAUCCCAGUGGUCAAACAAGGAGGGGGAUAAAUCCAGCCAGGAUUUACCUCAGUGUGGAUGCAAACAGAGGCCGUAGACCUGAUGAAGAUAACAUUUUGAAUAACAUUCGAUUGUUCGUCUUCCAAUCUUGCCGUCUGUGUUGAAAUGAUAUCCUUUAAAGCAGCCAACAAAUUUACCCAAAGAUUUACAUGUUUAUGUAUUCAUAGUAUACAGCCAAAGCCACAAUAUCUAAUUGCCAUUAUAACCUUCACUAAUUCACCUGGAAUAUAGAUACAUCAAGCAAUACUUUCAUAACAUGAUUAAAGAAAACCACAUUCCAAGACCAGCAGCCAUUUUUACAUCAUAGACACUUGGACAUUUUUGAAGUUGGAGCUUAAAGUCUUGACGCCUUCUUAUUGGCCAUCCUGUGCUUGAUGUUAUACCUAACUUUAAAAAUCAGAAAUUGUUAUUUCACCCCAUGAGAACAAUUUUGGAAUUGUGACACAAAAAAUGGUGUACUGCAAAGGACAAUCACAAGAAAUAAAGCAGAUGUAUUUUUAUUAAAUUGUGAAACUUCCAUUUAUACAGGGGCUGAACUCUGUUAGACAUUCAUAUAUCGUUUUAUAUAUCACUUUUUAAAAAAUAAAUUUUCUGCACUUUUUGCACACUUUCGGACUUGACUUGUUUUAUACAUUUAAUACUUAUGUUUUAUACAUUGUAUACUUAUUUUUCGUACAUUUAAUCACACUGUUCCCAAUCCAAACUAGUGAAUUUUUUCGCUAUUAAGUGUUUGUAUGAAACACAACUUUUGGACUUAUCAUGUAGUCCUAAAUGUCUAUAUUUUUAUAUAAUAUUUUACACAUAGUGUCUUUGCUGCGUGAUAUGUACAAGGUGCUACUCCUUGAAUGAAAA